UUUUGUUUUUCAUUCAUUCAUUAUUAUGCUAAAUCAACAACAGCAAAAAUGUAACUCAAACAAUAGUAUACCGUAAGUAUGCGAACCCUUUGUAAUUACCAGGAUUUUUGCAUGAAUUGGUCAUAAAAUGUGAUACACAUGCUAACACGUCAUUAUCACUAUAAAAUCCAGGGGGUGUCCUCAUCAGUAUCACUUAGUCAUCAUGAAAAUAGAGCAGAAUAAUGAAACUCUGAUGUCUUCUUAAAUGUGGCCCAAACAUUUGCACACAUACAAGUACAAUAAGUAUUUUAAAAUGUGUUUACUUCAGUUGAAAUUCGAAUUAUAGUUGUUAAACAGAACACAGUCAACUUGCUAACUGAAUCAUGUUAGGUCCACCUUGUGCCAUCCCAAGAUGGCGCCUACCAGUGUGGUCGCCUCGGUAACGCGCUCUCUAGUAUUGUCUUUGUUUUUGUGUUUUUCGUCCGUCUUUGGAGACCUUACACGACUCACUUACACAAGGGGAGACCUGCUAACCAUCAAGGAGGCUACUCCGGACUUUCUGUCACCAACUUUCGAAUAUCCGCUCAGUUUUUUCCCCGAGUUACUCACCGGAGCGGCGUCCGGGGUUUUCGGCGCAUGGAGACAGAAGCGGCGCCACAGAGGGAAGCGACCCGGCAUUCAGACCAGUAAAGACUUCGGACGUUCCGCGGCCAUGUGCUUCACGGAGACCUGGCUUUGUGACGCUGUACCCGAUGGCGCCGUCAUGCUUCCCGGCUUCCACAUUCAUCGAGCGGACCGCGACAUGGAAUCAUCGGGAAAAACAAAGGGCGGCGGGAUAUGCCUCUAUAUCAACGAAAAAUGGUGUACUGACGUCACGGUGCUCAGCACACACUGCAGCCCGCAUUUGGAGUCGCUAUUCUUAAACUGUAAACCAUUCUACUCGCCAUGUGAGUUCGCAUCAUUCAUACUGGCUGGAGUCUAUAUAACGCCUCAAGCUAACACGAACGCCGCAUUGCUAACGCUCGCCGAACAAGUCAACGGAAUUGAAAAAAAACACCCGGACUCACCCCUCAUUAUUCUCGGGGACUUUAACAAAGCUAAACUCAACCACGAACUCCCUAAAUACAAGCAGCACAUCGACUGUCCUACCAGGGAAAAUAAUACUUUAGACCACUGCUAUACUACGGUAAAAAACGCAUACCGUGCUAUACCUCGUGCAGCCCUGGGCUCGUCUGAUCACUCCUUAAUUCACUUAAUACUGACGUGCAGGCAAGAACUUAAAUGUGCGAAGCCUACAGUGAAAACAGUCAAAAAGUGGACCAAUGAAGCCAAGAUGGAACUUCAAAGCUGUUUAGACUGCACAGACUGGAGUGUCUUUGAAAAUUCAGCUGGCAGCCUGGAUGAAUAUACGGACACUGUCACAUCCUAUAUCAGUUUCUGUGAAGAGGUCUGUGUACCAACAAAAUCAUUUCGCACAUUCAACAACAAUAAGCCGUGGUUCACUGCUAAACUUAAGCAGCUUCGCCAAGCUAAGCGGGACGCAUAUCAGAGCGGGGACAGGGCCCUGUAUAAUCGAGCUAGAAACCAGCUGACGAAAGAAAUUAAAAUUGCAAAGAGGAACCAUGCAGCAAAGUUGGAAAAACAGAUUAGCGAAAACGACUCUAAAUCAGUCUGGCAUGCAUUCCAACGACACACUAGCCAACGACUUGAAUACCUUCUACUGCAGAUUUGAAAAGGACAGUUUCACACCACACACCCCCCCCCGGCCGCACCCACGACCACAAUCACACCUCUGACUUCUGCGUUAACCAUCCAUGAACAGGAUGUGAGACGCAUCUUCAAACAACAGAAGAUUAACAAAGCGGCAAGCCCGGACCAUGUGUCCCCAUCCUGCCUCAAAGUCUGCGCGGACCAGCUCGCUCCAGUCUUCACUCAGAUCUUCAAUAGAUCGCUGGAAAUGUGCGAAGUUCCAUCCUGUUUCAAACGCUCCACCAUCAUUCCAGUCCCCAAGAAACCUGCAAUCUCGGGUCUGAAUGACUACAGGCCUGUCGCUUUGACAUCUGUGGUCAUGAAGUCCUUUGAACGUCUCGUGCUGGACCACCUCAAGAGUGUCACCGGUCCCCUGCUGUACCCCCUGCAGUUUGCCUACCAAGCGAACAGGUCUGCGGAUGAUGCAGUCAACAUGGGACUGCACUUCAUCCUAGAACACCUCGACAGUGCAGGGACCUACGCGAGGAUCCUGUUCGUGGACUUCAGCUCAGCACCGGGGUGCCCCAAGGUUGUGUCCUCUCUCCGCUGCUCUUCUCUCUCUACACGAACGACUGCACCUCAGCGAACCCGACUGUCAAACUCCUGAAGUUUGCAGAUGACACCACUGUCAUCGGCCUCAUCAAGGACGGUGACGAGUCUGCAUAUCGACAGGAAGCGGAGCGGCUGGAGCUGUGGUGCGGCCGACACAACCUGGAGCUGAACACGCUCAAGACUGUAGAGAUGAUCGUGGACUUCAGGAGGCAUCCUUCGCCACAGCUGCCCCUCACGUUGUCCAGCUGCCUUGUGUCAACUGUCGAGACCUUCAAGUUCCUGGGAAUUACAAUCUCUCAGGACUUGAAGUGGGCGACCAACAUCAACUCCGUCCUCAAAAAGGCCCAGCACAGGAUGUACUUCCUGCGGCUUCUGAGAAAGCACGGCCUGCCACCGGAGCUGCUGAGACAGUUCUAAACAGCGGUCAUCGAAUCAGUCCUGUGUUCUUCCAUCAGAGUCUGGUUUGGUGCUGGUACAAAAAAGGACAAACUUCGACUGCAACGGACAAUCAAAACUGCUGAAAGGAUUGUCGGUACCCCCCUACCCACCA